CUCAUAGUUGAGGCGCAGAGGGGAGGCAGGACUCAGGGACGAGGGGAGUGAAAGAUUCAGGCUCAACUCCGUGCGUGCAUCAGUCCCAGUCCGCUCCGAGUUCGUGCAGUGGCGGCCGUACCGAGAUCAUACACAGAGAAGCGGACUCAUUAACCUUAAAACGGGAGAGUUUCUUCUCCAUCUCAAGGAGAGCAUGAGUGAGCGAGAACACGUCAUCCCAGUGCCGCCUCAGUGAUCCAUCCAAAUGCUGAAGAAACAGACCGAGAUGCUGCACAUGAAGGCUCUCCGGAUGUGGAGGCAAUAUAUCCCGAAAAGACUAAGCGAGGUGAUAGCCGUCCUCUCGGUAACGGCAACGUUUUUCCUCUUCAUUCACACGACCUCACUCAACAGUCGUCUGAAGGAAAUCCAACAACAGCAAGGAUCCUAUGGGUCUCUCGGCCGCACUGGGGAAGGCAUCUCGGAAGAAGGCGACGUCGCCAGUGAUCUCAGCUAAGGAGCUCAACAACACCGCAAAUGCGGACAAGGAGCUUCUGUUCUUCAACAGAGUACCCAAAGUCGGAAGUCAGACAACCAUGCACCUCCUCAAUAUCCUUUCUCGGAAAAAUCACUUCUUCUUCCACAAAGACAAGCCAAACCGAGUGGAAGCCAUCAAGCUCUCCGACAGAGAAGAGGAUUAUGAGACUUGUGUUCAGUCCCACGAUAAGGAGUGCCAAUACCUAGAUGGAGAAGUAAGAGACGACUAUGGGCAACUCACAGAAUUCUUCUGUGGUCAAAACGAUGAGUGCACAGGAUUCAAUGAAGAUUUCCCCUUACAACAAGCAAAGCAAAAUGUCGAGAAAAAUUAUGCAGUUGUUGGUAUCCUGGAGGACAUGAACAAGACUUUGACUGUGCUAGAGCACUACAUCCCUCGGUUCUUCAAAGGAGUUAAGGAUAUUUAUUAUGAGGAAAUAGCACAGUUUACAAAGCUCAACAGGAACAUCUAUAAGCCUUCAGUUGAGAAGAAGGUGAAAGACAUUGUGCGACUGAACUUCACAAGAGAACUGGAGUUCUACGAGUUCUGCAGACAACGCCUCCACUUACAAUAUCAAGCCUUAAAUCUUGUCUGACAUUGGAACCAGUUUGAUCACACCAUCUCUGUCGACCAGGAACCUGGAUCACCUCAAGAAACAUUCUGACCAUUUUGUUUUACAUUUAUAUCAAAGGAUGCAGAUGCAGUUACAGUGUGGAUGUUAUCACUUAAUUUUUUUGUUGUAUCACACUGUUGAUCCCAUUUUUUUGCAGGAUUAGUCAGACACACAAUGUUCACUUUCAUUUUAAACUAGUCCAAAAAUAAUGGGAGAGUGUAUGCUAGAAGAAAUGUGAUCACAUCUCAUCCUUCUCAUUUGUCACCAACGUAUCACAUGAAUACUCAUUUGCAUAACUUCAAUAGGUCUUGUGGGAAUUUAGGAGCAAGGUACACUCCUCUAGACUUGUCACAAAAGCAUAGUUUAAAAAAAAAUUUCUCCUGCCUUUUUGCAGGGAUGGGAAUUUGCACUUUCUUGAGAAACUGCUACAUGCUCUUUAAAACUACAAGGAACUUGUUAAUCUCAUGUUGGAUUCUCAUGGAAGUAGCUAUUAGAGCAUGAAUCUUACCUACAAAUACAUAGACCCAAAUUUUAAAGACAGAUCUUGAUCUUAAUGGAUGAGUUUCUUGUCCUGUACAAAUGACAUUUCACAUAAGGCAGCACUGAUCAUUCUCCAUGACUUUGCAUGGGCUUGGUAAAGUUUCAUUUCAUGCAUGGGUUCAAGAAUCCCAUUCCAGAGUUCCACUUUGUUUGCUUGAUGGUGGCUUAUGCCAUGGACUUUCAGUGGAGACUGUGAUACAUUGUUAAUGGGAAUUUUGUUUUUUAUGUGGAAAAUAAAAAACCAUGGCAAGCGCUUAUUUGAAAGAAAACAGAAUGAAAGAAUAAAAUUUCCUUUGAAAAUGGAACA